AUGGUGAGCCCCAACGGGAAUCAAAGUAGUGCUGUCCUGUUCAUCCUCUUAGGAUUCUCUGAAUAUCCAGAGCUCCAGGUGCCCCUCUUUCUACUGUUCCUCACCAUCUAUGCAGUCACUGUAGUGGGGAAUGUGUCCAUGAUUGUGAUCAUCAGGAUCAAUCCCAAACUCCAUACCCCCAUGUACUUUUUUCUCAAGCACUUGUCCUUUCUGGAUUUCUGUUACUCCACUAUAGUUACACCAAAACUCCUAGAAAAUUUGGUUGUAGAAGACAGAAGUAUCUCCAUCAAAGUUUGCAUCACACAGCUUUCCUUUGGUGCAAUCUGUGUGAUGACAGAGAUGGUCAUGUUGGCAGUGAUGGCCUAUGACCGCUUUGUUGCUAUAUGUUAUCCUUUGUUGUAUACACUUUUCAUGUCCCCAAAACUCUGUGCCCUGCUAAUGACUGUGUCAUGUUCAUGGGGCAUAAUUACUUCUAUUGCACUCACCUACUCACUUCUUAUAUUGUCAUUUUGUGAGACCAAAAUCAUUAAUAACUUUGAAUGUGAAUAUUCUGUCUUCCUAUCUGCUUCCUGCUCUGAUAAAUACUUCAGUGAAUUAAUAUUUUCUAUCUUUACAAAUUUCAGUGCAUUUUUCACCCUCAUGAUUAUCCUUACAUCCUAUCUUUUUAUUUUUGUCACAAUCCUCAAAAUGCAUUCAGCCAGUGGGAGAUAUAAAGCUUUCUCCACUUGUGCCUCCCACCUGACAGCAAUUACCAUCUUCUAUGGGACCAUUGUUUUCCUCUACUGUAUUCCCAAUUCCAAAAACUCUGGGCUUGUAGUCAAAGUAGGAUCUGUUUUUUAUACUGUCAUGAUUCCUAUGCUAAAUCCCUUAAUAUACAGUCUAAGGAACAAUGAUGUGAAGGAAACUUUCAGGAAAAUAAUAGAUCUCAAAAUACUUUCUCAAUAA